CUGCAAGUCUUUUUUCAGGGUAAAUCUCCUUCUGAUCGAGCAAAGCUUAAGCCAGAUUCAGAGGUCGUGAUUGAUGGCGUUAAAGUGCCUGUUGACCAAGCGCUCUGUAAUGAGGCAUUCGUAAUAAGCGAUAUUUUCAAUCUAAACGAAAUGGAUGCCCUUGAACUUGUACUUUCUGGUAAUCGUGGUUUGAUCGCCGUGGUCUGCUACUACGAUAUGCACAGGCUUCUUGCUGUUAUAUUAAGGAUGGUAUUAAAGUGGGAGAAAGACUCUAUGAGCGACGUGCUUCGUUCAUUCAUUGAACAGAAUUUUGUACAACGCACUGUGUUUCAACAACUGCUGCCGAACUCCGUGACAGUAGUACUUACAAAUUUGGUGAAAGAAAUUCGCAAUGAGACACUAUGGAGUGACCAAUCUGUAUGUGGAACUGUUCAGUUGCAAUGCGCACUAUGCGCUACCCAUGUCCGUGUGGUUGAUACGCUUUUGAAGCAACUAAUCGCUUUGUUUCCUGCGAAGAGUUCGAAGUUGGAGCGUUGUUUUCAGCUGAUGGAGAUCGAGCGAAAUUCGGAGGAUGAGCUAACAUGGGUAGAUGAAAUGUCUGAAAAAGGGCAACAGGCUACACCUGCUCUGUAUUACGAAAACUUUCUUCGAUGCAUUUCUGACCUCUAUCGUGUGGUAGGCGAUCCAGAAGCCAGUGCUGCUGUGAAAACAUGCGUGAUUGAGCUAAGCACAUCGUAUAGUAGCUCUGGAUCUGUUGGUUUUACUCCACAUCUUCAUCGAGCGUUGGUGUUUCCAACCUUCGAUUUCACUUCGUUCAGUUGGAGCUGUGUCGUUUCAUGGAACGCGCUCGUCUUCCACACCAUGUCGUUCACGCCGUUGCUUAUCUGGAUUUUCUGUGUUCAACGGAUGUAUUGGUUGGGACCAUGUAAUGUCGGCAUUGCGCUCAUACGAAAGAUUGUUCCGCGAGAGAUCCAGUGCAGUGUCUAUGUUUGGGUGGGGCAUUCACUACCAGCCCAGCAACAGUCAAAGGCAGAUAUUCCCCCGCGCGAGUUAAUUGGAUUGAUAACAUGGGUCAAUCUGGCGAGGACUGAUGAUGAAGCCGCCGAGAUAUUCCUGGAGGAGCGGCAAUGGGCAGUUCUUGACGCAGCACUAGGAGUGGUAUCAGCUCCAGUUCCUUUACCUCUGAAGGGGGCUCUUCUACGACUUGUAGCAGCGCUAGCAAAGAAAGAGUCGUCUGCAUUAAGGAUUUGGAACGCUCUCAAUGCUCACCGUUUAUGUACAUUUGCCGAGAAUGGGACACUGCUUGGAUUGCAGGUGCUUAUAAUGGUUCUAAAGUUUCACAAAGAGCUUGACGAACGCGAAUGCGUUGAAGAGAUGUUCGAUACAUCACUCGGAUUCGUCAGCAUUUUGAGAUCGCUGUUCUCACAUCCAUACAUUGCAGUACCUGAUUUCGCUGCCCCCUAUCUGCAGUACCUAACAAAAUCCAUUGUAUCACAGAUGGCCUCGCGAUCGUAUAAGGAUAUUGAGCAAUUCUAUGAACUCGAGGAAAUAUCUCUAUCUGCAUUGCUCUUCUUGUUAAAACAGUCAUAUGUGAACAGCCGUGCCAUCUUAUGCAAGGAACCACAUGUAGCCAUGUUAGCUCAGAUCCUCAACGACACUCCGGUGUACAGAGCGAUUUGCUCCGUCCUUAUAGAGGAUGUGAGUAUUCAAGACCAAACAGCACGCUCGUACAGGCGAACAUCUGCUCCAGCAUUGCCUGCAAUUCAUUUGCUUUCAGUUGCGGUCUCACGCUAUGCAAUGCUGCGGGCUUCAAUUCGAGCCGGUGACUCCAAUAUGAUGUUAGCCCCUCUUCAUGCACUUCUACUGUCACCGCUGCAGCCGUCCGGUCUUAACAUUUUAGAUAUUGUGCUCCUGUACAUCGAGGAGGCAGAUGAUCUUCCAUGUCAUGCACUCUAUGCUGCUCGUAUUUUGCGAGAACUGUGUGCCAUACGCCCGUCACUUCAGUCUCACAUGGUGGAGUUACUGAGAGCGCAUAAAAUGGUGGCGCGUAAUGCGCGAGCCAUACGUAGUGUUCUCAAUCCAAGCACUAUACGAUAUACGGUGUCGGAUAUGGUAGCCCUAGAUUCGGUGGAAAGUGAUCCUGCUAGAAAUAACUUAUGCUUCCUGUUGUUUGGUUUUAAAACAACCGCUGACGGAAGUGGACAACUGUACGAUGUCGCUUUUCUUCUGCAGCAAGUUUAUUACUAUUACUAUUUUUCACUGAUUCUAGAGUCACAACCGACAGGGUUCCAUCAAGUGUUAUCAAUCCUGGAACAGUUUGUUGCGGCUCAGAAUCCAUUACAGCUGCCGUUCUCAGCGCUUAUUGAGCCCUCAUUUCGAUUAUUGGAUGAUUCCGAGGGACCUGCUCGACUGUCAGUAACACGCAUGAUCUCUGGAUCAAUCCUUCACUUAACAGCGCUCGAAAUAUCUUCGUUGUUAAAGACAGGACACUUCAACAAACCGCAAAAGAUGUACAGCGCAUUACUGGAAGCAUCGGAGGCAGUGACCUGUCAUCAAGGAGAGGUAGAAGCAGGUGUGGACAACCUGUUGUUUAGCUUGCUUCGUCAUGGUCGUAUCGAACUAUCUGAAGAAAUUGCAUAUCCUCGACUGGUUCACUUCAAUGCUCAUAGAUUACAUAUGUUGUUUGACACAUGCAAAACCACAACCGUGUUUAAUGUUGCACAGUAUGACAUAGAAUACCUUCAUGUUCUCUUGGUUCGGGAGAUUGUCAGUACUCAAGCCGAGGACACAACGACUGCAACGAGGGUGAGUAUUCAGAAUAGUGCAGCGCUGCUCAAACUUCCUAAAGUGCUAUUCAGUGGUGCUAUGAUAGGCCUGGUUUGUGUGUGUGGAAAUGUUAAAAUGACGAACGCUAUCGUAUUGAGUAGCUCUACACGAAUGAACAUUCGACUAGACAUCCGAUAG